CUAUAUGUCUCCAAAGUUCUUUUAGAAUCGACGCUCUUUAUUUCAUGAAGUUAACAUUGACCUCGCUCGAAUUCUCGAUAUGAUAAGAACUUUGUUUGACACGAGUGUUAUAAUAUAGACGCAAUGAUUGGAGCGGCCAUCUUUUUAUCAGCACUUUGUUUAGCAUCGGCUGCCGACACUCCCUGUAAGGACAUCAGCUCUGACGCCUGUCGCCUGCUUGUCGCGGCCUCUCCCAACUUCUGCACCACUGCAUCAGCACAAGUGGAAUGCCCAUCUUUCUGUGGACUUUGCACAAGAACGUGUUACCAAUGCCAUGGUGUUAACGAUCCUACAACUUGCACUACUUCCGUUAACUGUGGAGUCGGUAAACAAUGCAUAGUAUCGGAGACAAUCGGAGAUGACUUCAUUUACCAUUACAAUUUGGGAUGUGUUGAUAAAUCGUAUUGUACCUCUGGGACCGAUCUGCCCCAUUCCCCGCCCGCGGUGGGAAGAAGAGCCGUGUACAAACGUAACCUACAGUUUGGCUGCUGUGACACGGAUCUCUGUAACAACAAAAUGCCGUCCGAAUUGACACCAACAACCUGUCCUUCUGGAACUCAUGAAUUCAAGGAUGGACAGGUGCACGUGUGCUAUUAUCUGCUGAAACAAGAGCGCAAUGCCGACGACGGCGCCAAAGCAUGCGCUGACACAUUCCAUGGAGGAAAACUGGCAUACAUUCCGUCAAGAGCUGCUGACGAAUUUAUAAAAUCAUCCCUCGGGUCUGAGUUUGCAGGUGACCACUCAGGAACAUUCAUUGGUGUCUUUGAUAAAGAGCACGAGUUGUCUUUCGUGGAUACGGAUGGAUCCCCUCAGGUAUUUUUUGACUGGCGCCACGGCCAGCCCAAUGAUCCAAAUGUUAAUGACCCGAUUCGAGAACCCGCACAGGACUGCGUGCGUAUGUUCCCUAUCGACAGAGAACAUUUUACCUGGCAGGACAAACCAUGCGAACAACUUGCUUGGACUCUAUGUUCCAUUAACAUUCACAAAUAAAAUUAUUGUUUCCUAUCUAGGGACAUCACACGU